CAGUCAUUGCAAUCCAGUGGGCAUUUCAAACAUCCUGCUGACGCACUUCAACUCCCCACCUUCUUGGAGAUUGCAACUAUAAAAGACCCUCGCACAAGUCUGCAAGGAAUUGCAACUUCAACACAGCCCCUUCUCCAGAGACCGAGCGGAGGACGCUUUGGAGUUUUAGUGAUCAGCACCUUCUGCAGCCCUCAGUCUCCCAUGGAUCAGCAGCAAAGACAGCAGAGGAAGGUGAAGCUGGUGGCUAUUUGCACAGCACUGCUCUUUGUAUCCAUGAUUGCCAACACUGCCCAGAGCAGUGGCCUGAGCCAUCAAAUCAACUAUAGAAAUUCCAAAAUUGACCCGUUCUGGUACGUGGGUCGUGGAGUGCGACCGAUUGGCCGCUUCGGAAAGAGGCAGAUGAAAAGUAGCAGCAAUCUGAGACCAUCGGUGAAUAACCUGGAGCUGAUCCUGAAUGCUCUGAGGCAACAGGACGCAUUCGAUUCUGACCAGCAGAUGGGAGGGGACAACACCUACUGACACUCUCUGCCACCAAGCACACCUCUGAGAAACAAUGGCAGAAUUCCCUUCCUACCUCACACUUUGUAUUUACCCACUUGACUGUGAAACCACGCGCAUGUCCGCUUAGUGUGUACACCUCCCUGCCCUCCCAAAGCUGAUCCAGAACAGACCACAUUAACCUAGGAACCACCACUGACACUGACUCUAUAUUCACAGAACUGAGACCCAGUAUAAGUUGUAUUUUAAUUCAAAAAAAUCUGUGUUACUUAAAAUCUCCACUUACAAUUUUAAUGCAGUUUUAAACCAAUAUCUCUUCCAUUUCAACAACAUAUUAACUAAAGAGGAAAUUCCACAAAGCGUGUCUGUAAGAGGCUUAGUUCUGUCCAAUAAUUUUGUUAAAUACAUUGGAAAAUGACCAACAAUUUAUUUUUAAUGGUUAAUGUGAGCCACAUAGAAAUACCAAAUAUCAUUCAUUGUGAUC